CAUACUUCUCCACUCCAGAACUACCCGGUUUCUUCACUCUCUUCGGAAGAGACAAUGCUGAAAAGACUGUCUUCCCUUCAAUUAGGAAUCAGGACAAAGUCAAUCAUGGCAUCUUCUACUCUCCCUUUCCCAACCCGUCAGCUCUAUUACGACGGCCAAGUCCGGCCCGCGUCGUCCGGCAAGACCUUCUUCUCCAUUGACCCGUCCAACGCAACCCCGCUGGCCGAGAUCCAAGUCGCCUCGAACUCCGAUGUAGAUACGGCCAUUGCCGCCGCCAACCGUGCCUUUCCCUCCUGGUCCGAGACUUCCCCGGCCGCCCGGGCGCGCAUCCUGCAAAAGGCCGCUAUUUUGCUCCGCGAACGAAACGAUGAAAUCGCCCGCGUGGAAACGUUAGACUCCGGCAAGGCCUAUACGGAGACCAGCACGGUCGAUGUCCUGAGCGGCGCGGAUGUCUUGGAAUACUAUGCGAACCUGGUUGGCGCGGGCGGCCUCAAUGGCGAAACUACCCAGUUGAGAAAGGACGCGUGGGUGUUCACCAAGAAGGCCCCCUUGGGAGUGUGUGCGGGCAUUGGCGCGUGGAACUAUCCCAUCCAGAUUGCCCUCUGGAAAUCCGCCCCCUGUCUCGCCGCCGGAAACACCAUGGUCUACAAACCGAGCGAAUACACCCCGCUGCACGCCCAGACCCUGGCCGAAAUCUACCGUGAAGCCGGACUCCCCGACGGCGUCUUUAACGUCAUCUACGGCGCCGGCGACGUCGGGGCACACCUGACCACGCACCCCACCAUCGCCAAGGUCUCCUUCACCGGCCAGGUAUCCACCGGCAUGAAGGUUGCCGGCGCGGCCGCAGGCAACAUGAAGUACGUGACCAUGGAGCUAGGCGGCAAGAGCCCCCUCCUCGUGCUCCCCGACGCGGACCUCGAAAACGCCGUCAACGGCGCCAUGAUGGCAAACUUCUACAGCACGGGCCAAGUCUGCACGAACGGCACGCGCGUCUUCGUUCCGUCCUCCAUGAAGCACGCCUUCGAGAAGUCCCUCCUCGACAAAAUGCAACACAUCCGCCCCGGUCCCCUCUUCGACGACGCAACCAACAUGGGCCCCCUCAGCUCCGCCGCCCACCUCGACAAAGUAAACGCAUACAUCCGCCACGGCAUCGAGUCCGACAAAGCCACGCUCCUCUACGGCGGUUCCGGCAAGCCCGCCGUCCCCGCAGACCUGCAAAACGGCUUCUGGGUCCGCCCCACCGUCUUCACAGACUGCACGGACGACAUGAAGAUCGUCAAAGAGGAGAUCUUCGGCCCCGUCAUGUCCAUCCUCUACUACGACACCGUCGAGGAAGCCGUGCGCCGCGCGAACACCACCGAGCUCGGCCUCGCCGCCGGCGUUUUCACCCAGGACCUCAACAUGGCCCACCAGGUCAUCGACCAGCUCGAGGCCGGUAUCACCUGGAUCAACACCUGGGGCGACAGCCCGGCUGAGAUGGCCGUCGGGGGGUGGAAGAAGAGCGGUGUGGGCGUUGAGAAUGGCCGCAAGGGCAUCGAGGCUUGGGUGAAGAAUAAGAGCACUUAUGUUGAUAUGAGUGGGGGGAUGGCGACUGUUUUUGCGAAGCUUUAAUCUCUUCCUGUACAGGCGUGUGAGAAAGAGUAAUUGGUUUGAGUAGGGAGGCUCGCUGUUAGCUGAAGGUACCAGAUGUAUAUGUUAGAAAAUGAUACCAUGAAUACAUUAACCUGAAUAGGACAUACAUAG